AUGCCACAUCGUUCGUCGCAGACCUUCGUCGUCCGUCCCGUGGCGGCGCUGGUGGCGCUGACGGGGUGGAAUGCGACGGCGGAGCUGUGCUCCCAGUGGACAGCGACGGGCGGCGUCACGUGCGACGACACAGGCAUGGUCACCACCAUAGAGCUGCAAGAUCUUAUCUCUGCACACACCCUCACCCCGCCUGGACGCCUGCCCGCUGACAUCGCUGCCUUCACCGCCCUCCAAGUCCUGAAGCUAGCCAGCCAGAACCUCUCAGGCCCCAUUCCCACGGACGCAUUCCGCAACCUCACCGCUCUCCAGGAACUUAAUCUCUCCUCCAACCCUUUGAACGGCACCAUGGAGUUUCUUGCCUACCUGCCCGCCUUGCAAUACCUUAAUCUCCAGGGCACUAGUCUGAGUGGGGAGAUCCCAGCCGCCCUCGGCAAUGCCACCGCCCUCUCAUACCUUGAUCUCCAGGGCACUAGUCUGAGUGGGGAGAUCCCAGCCGCCCUCGGCAAUGCCACCGCCCUCUCAUACCUCUGCCUCGCGUUCAACAACCUCACUGCAGGGGAGCUCCCUGACUCUCUCUCCGCCCUCACCAGACUCGCCCACCUUGACCUGAGCUAUCUCAAGUUCACCAGCGUGCCAUCGUGGAUCGGACGACUCCCCCACCUGCAGUUCCUGGAUGUGACAGCACCCGAUGGCCUCACCCCCGCCCGCUCCUCGCCAUUUCCAGCCGACUGGAUGGCUCUCACCAGCCUGAAGUCCCUGAUGGCGUCGGGUAACGGCUUCUCGGGCUCCCUCCCCGCCACCAGCUCAGCCCUCACCGCCCUCUCAGACCUGGUGCUCUCUAAUAACGCCCUGGUUGGCUCCCUGCCUGUGCUGCCCUCGUCUCUGGUUUCCCUCGUGCUGAGCCACAACGACCUGGAAGGCCCCUUCUCUGCCCCUCUUGCCUCCCUGCCACUCAUGGAGGAGAUGCAGAUGAGCCACAACCGUUUUACAUGGCCCAUCCCAGCGUCAUUCUCAGGCCUUGCAGGCCUCUUCGUUGUGAAUGUGAGCUACAACGAUCUGUCAGGGCCCAUCCCACCAUCCUUUGCAAACCUUCCUGUGAUCAGCGAUGUGGAUAUCAGCCACAACCCCCUCUCUGGCGCUGGCCUGGACGUGCUUGCACGCAUGACCCGAAUCACCACCCUCAAUCUAUCAGCCAACAACUUCUCGGGCCCGCUGCCCCCACAGCUCACAACGCUCACAACAGUCAACAGCUUUGACAUCUCUCACAAUCAAUUCUCUGGAGUUGUGUCUCCUGCCGUCUUCACCCUGCCUUGGCUAAUGUCCUUCUCCCUCGCUCACAACCAGCUUGAGGGCUCCCUGCCUGCAACCAACCUGUCCAAAUACCUCAUCUCUUUCGACAUCAGCAACAACAACUUCAGCGGGCCUCUGCCGGAGUCCAUGACCAGCCUCAUCUUCCUGAAGUCCCUGGGCCUUGGAGGAAACAACUUGACUGGUCCCAUAUCUCCUGUCUUUGGCGUCUUGGACAACCUUUAUUCCUUCAACACCUCUGGCUCGGGGCUGACCUGCCCGGCAGACGGCAGCGAGUGUGUGGUGCCGCAGAGCAAUGCCUCCUCCUUCUGCCGCCUCUGCUCCUCCUUCUGCUCCUCCUGCACGCCCCUCAAAU